GCCUCGUGUGGACCCAUGGUAAGUUCAGACUAAGAUACUUCACGUAGCUGAAGUUGCGUAUCUUAGUUCGAAGUAGGGGGUUAGUGUGGACCAGCCCUAAGGUGCCACAACUACUCCUCUUUCUAAUUUCCCUUGUAACUCUAGUCUUACCUGUUAAGCGGUCUCCUCACACAUCAGAGCUCAGGGCCCUUCUCACAGGCCUGGAUGAAGUGGAUUCUGCUAGGCUAGAGAAUGCCAAACAUAUCCGCACUCUGAGAGAGUAACCCUCUCCAGGUAUUUAACUGGUUUCAAUCGGAGUGCGAUGGAGUGGAGAUCCUAGGCUGUCAGUAUUAAAAUGUCCUUUGAAUUUAUCAAAAUCUCAAUUCAAGAAGUGUUGGAGACAACCUGGGGGAAUUCUCUGCUAGCCCUCCCCUUCACAGAUAAAGAGGAAUUGAUCACAGAACUAAGGAUUUGUUUAGGUGCAAGUGAUCAUAGUUUGAGUACAUUUGUUAUGUGCAAACAGAAUCAAGUCCAAACCAGUAACUUCACUUGCUUUUAAAAAGGGCUCGUUUUGCAAAAUCAAAAACAAUUAGGAGCUGAAUCAGCUGGGGGAAAGUUUUCACAUUUUUCUGUUUAACUGUCUAGUUGGGAAUUUUUUAAAAAUAACAGUAGACCAGCCUGUCUUAGAGGGGAAGUGAAAGCAACUAUAAAAGAUUUAUAUAAAAAUAAAUGAAGAAUGAAUGUAAAGUAGAAGGUAGGAAGUGUAGAAAAUUGAUAAGGGAAACAAAAAGACACAAGGAGAAAUCUGUGACCAGCAGCAUGAAAGACCAUAAAAAAGGAGUUUUUAAAAAUGUCUGGACGUGGAAAGAAAAAUGUGGUGGCUGCAAAACCUGCAGUUCUAUCAAGAAAAACAAAGUCAGCGAAGGCUGGUCUGCAAUUCCCAGUGGGUCGUGUCCACCGGCUUCUCAAAAGAGGGAACUAUGCUGAGAGAAUAGGUUCUGGUGCUCCAGUUUACCUGGCGGCUGUGCUGGAAUAUCUGACUGCUGAGAUAUUGGAACUGUCAGGAAAUGCUGCCCGUGAAAACAAGAAAAGCAGGAUUGGGCCACGACACAUCCAGUUGGCCGUGAGGAAUGAUGAAGAGCUGAACAAGCUGUUUGCCGAUGUGACUAUUGCUGAAGGAGGAGUUAUGCCCAACAUCCUUUCCCAGCUUCUUCCCAAGAAAACUCUUAAAGAUCCUUUACCAAGAGGGGAUGCUACUGCUUCCCAGGAAGAAUCCAGUAACCACUGACUUACUCCUGCCUUUCCUUUGACUCGUGUUUAUCAAUGCUCUGUAUGUGCUAACACUGUUAAAUAUUACUCAGGGUGAUUGUUUUAAUGUUUGUGUGUCUUUUUAGAUGUUUGUAAUAAACUUUCUAGAAUUCAGCAGUUGACUUGAUCUACUGUCUCCCUUCAAGGAGAAGGGAGAAUUAACACUUUCUCCAGGAAAAGUCUAACUUGCAGCUCUUAAACAACAAAUGUGCUUCUCUAGCACUUUCAAAGCAAGCAUGCUCAGAGGAGAGCUAGCCUGGCCUCAGACCCUGUAUUAGACUCCAAAGUCUAAUUAAAUCUCCAAAAAGAGUGGGGGGAGAGCACAAAUUCUUUGCACCUAUGGAUGUAAUGAAGGUGAGAGGACUCUGCAGUGGGGAGGGAUGAAGGGAAAUAGAAGACCUCUGCUUUUACAUGCUAAAAUAAUAACAAAUCCAUCUUCAUAUAUGAACUUGUAAUGGAGGAGUUGAGUCCAGUACCUUCAAUGGUCAUGCACAUUGUAGAAUGGACUUAUUACUCCCUGAUCAGCUAAAAGACUUUUUUGAAUGGAUCAGCAAUGGGUAGUGUUCUCUCUCUCUCUUCAGAGACACUGUCUAGAAAGGCAUGAUGGUGAAUUAAAUAUAAGGCUCUGUAAUAGUCUCACUCCUUUCUUACUGCCUUUGGGCAGUUCACGUCCAUUGCAGCGCUCUGUACUCAAAUAAGGGUCGGCUCCUGCCAUAGGUAUGUGUUAACUAUUUUGGGGCAGAUCAUUUUCUUCCUUCAACCACCACCAGUUAGUCAGGAUGGCAAGCUCCUGGACGUGGUUUGGCCUUUCCUUGCAUUUGAGGUAUUCAUCAAGCAGCUGAGUCUUUCCUCUGGGCCACAGAGGUCAGUUGUGAUGCUGCUAUAGUUGAAUAGCUGGAUUUUCCCACUUCGCUAGUACAGCCUUUAUCCAGGAUUUGGACUGUCCCAU